AUGUUACGAAAAGAUUUUAUAUCUAGAAGUCAAUAUAAACAAAGAUUAGCGACGUUUCAAUCCGCAAUGAAAUUACCAAUGGUAAUAGGACAAUGCUUCGGUCUUAAUCCUGUUAUUGGAAUUUUCGAUGUCGACGCAACUAAAAUUAAGUUUAAAUUGUGUUCAGCUCGAUGCUUGUAUACGAUCUUUUCUAUAUUGGGACAAGCUUCAAUGUUAUUCUUCUCUAUAUUAAAGUAUUUAAAAGAUACUGAUACGUCAUUAUCAUCUAACACAACCCUAGCUUUCUAUAGCUCAAACUUUGUAACAACUGUAUUAUUUUUGCGUAUGGCAACAAAAUGGCCGAGACUUUGCUUGCAAAUCUCUAUGACAGAAGCGACCAGCCCCAACAUCGACAUCUCAUUGGUCAAGAAAUGUAACAUGACUUGCAUACUCGUUUUAGCAUUGGCACUAGUUGAACAUUUCCUCUCAGAUCUGUCAGGACUGGCUGCGGUGAUUGAUUGCGAGCCAGAGAAGAAUGUCUACGAGGCCUUUGUAAAGCACAGCUUCCCUUGGGUCUAUGCAUUUGUGCCUUACAAUCAUUUUAUUGGAUUUCUAACACAGGUUUUCAACAUACAGUCGACGUUUACGUGGAGUUUUGCGGAUUUAUUUAUAAUCUGCAUCAGUUUUUAUUUAACGUCAAGACUGGAGCAAGUCAAUGAUAAAAUUGUUAAAGCUCGUGGAAAAAAUAUGCCGCAACAUUUCUGGCGCACAGUCCGUGAGGAUUACAACCGAGCUGCGUCUCUUGUGCGGCGUGUUGACGAAGUUAUUGGAGCUAUCAUCUUCAUAUCAUUCGCAAACAACCUUUUCUUUAUUUGUCUACAAUUGUAUAAUACUUUAAAACCCCUACACGGCUACGAGCAAGCUACAUAUUUCAUGUAUUCGUUCAUAUUUCUGGUAAUGCGUUCAUUGGCAGUAUCUCUGAUAGCGGCUAAAGUGUACGCUGCCAGUCGUAAGCCGGCAACCAGUUUAUACGACGUAUCGUACAAUGCAUAUAGUGUCGAGAUCCAAAGAUUUCUUAAUCAAGUCCACGGAGAUACGGUGGCAUUGAGUGGACUUCAGUUCUUCAAUAUAAAGAAAGGCCUCGUGCUCUCAAUUGCUGGAACAAUCGUAACAUAUGAACUGGUCUUGCUUCAAUUCACGGGAGUAACGCCUACUUCGAGUCCACCAGUUGCAGAUCUGUUGUCGUAA